CAGCUCGGAGGGCCCCCCAGCCUCAGCCCCCUGCCCGGCUUGGAGGGUCCCCCAGCCCCUGCUCUGCGGUCCUCGGCCCGGUCCUCCCACCGGUCCCCUCACGGGACCCCACCCCGCCGGCCGCGCCCGCCGCGCCCCGACCCGGAAGCGCCGACCUCUGCUGCGGCCGGCCGUGUCCUCGCCGCCAUGCCCUCGCUCGGGGACCAGGUGCGGGACUGGCACCAGGGCGCGCAGGCCGUGGCGCGCGGGGACUGGGGCUGCGCCCUGCGGCUCUUCUCGGGCGUCCCGGAGCCCCGCGCCAGGAUGUGCUUCAACAUGGGCUGCGUGCACCUGCUGGCCGGGGACCCGGAGGCUGCGCUGCGGGCGUUUGACGAAGCAGUGACCAAGGACGCCUGCAUGGCUGUUGGCUUCUUCCAGCGAGGGGUGGCCAACUUCCAGCUGGAGAGGUUCCAGCAGGCCCUGUGCGACUUCCGGUUGGCCCUGGCACAGCUGAGGGGUAAUGCCACCAUUGACUACACGCAGCUGGGCCUGCGGUUCAAGCUGCAGGCCUGGGAGGUGCUGUUCAACGUGGCUGCAGCGCAGUGCGGGCUGGGGCUCUGGGCUGAAGCCACCCGCAGCCUAGAGGAAGCCAUCUCCAAGGGGCCAGAAGGGGCCCGCGACGAUCUGGACACUGCCCUGGACCAAGUGCAGAAACAGGCCCUCAUGCAGCCUCGGCGGGUCCCCAGGGGCGAGGUCUUUCGGCCCCACAGGCGGCACCUGGAGCACCUGGAGCCCGUGGAUUUCCUGGGCAAGGCCAAGGUAGUCACCUCCAGCGUCCACGACAACCAGCACAAGAGCACUGGGCCCCAGCGGCCCCAGGUGGGUGGGCAGCCUUCCAGCCCAGACUCCUCCUCUGGCGUACUGUUCAAGAUGCUGAUGGUGAAGCCAGACCCGGGGCUGCCCCACGGUGAGGCCUCCACUGCCAGGCCCCACCCCAGGCCCAGCAGAGCCCCCAGCCUGUGGCUUUCCUUGCAGAGGCCCCACGUGGAGCAAGUUGGCCAACAGGUUCCUCCAGGGCUGCUGGCGGCUGGCGGGCCAGGCCCCAGCCCCUCUGAAGAUCCCACGGGUGCUGAGGGUGUGGCUGCAGAGGACGCCGAGGCCUUGGCGACCAUCACGGUGCAGUGUGCCUUCACCCUGGCCCUGAAGGCCCCAAGAGGAGUGGACGUGUCCAGCCUGCGGGCCCUGCUGAGCCAGGCCCUCCCUCACCAGGCUCAGCAUGGGCAGCUCAGUUACCGAGACCCCAGUGAUGACGGGCGCUGGGUGCCCCUCCUCGGGGAGGAGGCAUUGCAGAGGGCCUGGCAGGAUGCAGCUGGCGGCCCUGGGGGGCUGCGGCUCCAGUGCCGGGGAGUGGGCCGCCGGCCUGUCCUCUACCAGGUGGUGGCCCAGCACAGCUACUCUGCCCAGGGGCCCGAGGACCUGGACUUGCAGCAGGGGGACACUGUGGACGUCCUGUGUGAAGUGGACCAGGCAUGGCUGGAGGGCCACUGUGAUGGCCGCAUCGGCAUUUUCCCCAAAUGCUUCGUGGUCCCGGCUGGUCGAUGCCUGUGAGGAGCCGCCCCCCCGGACCCGGCAAGGAGAUCACCCUAAGAAGUCCAGCAGCAAAGAGGGUUUUAAUAAAAGCAUUCUGCCCCUCUCCAAGGUGUGGUCCAUAUUCUGCUUCCGAGAGUGUGGGGUGAGGCUGCUCCAGGAGAAGAGCCUGGACACUGCCCCUCAGGCAGGCC